CUCUAUCACAACCCUGUUGGAUUCCUCCUACGUUGUACACCUCCAUGCCUCGAUUCCGCGUUACGCACUUCUGUCCUAACGCCAAGCGCUGGGCUUCUGGGCGUCUUGGCGAAGCCACCUCCUUCUCCCUCCGCUACCAUCCCCCCUCUCCGUUCAUCAAAUUCUUCCCUGUUUCCGCUGGUCUGGAGUCUUGUCCUCCUGCUGUCUCCUGCUCCCCUCCGCUGGCCUUCCUGCGACAUAAAAGGCCCACGCCUUUCCCUCUCCGCCUCGUUCCCUCGCCAUAGCACUUACGCCUCCCCCCGGAUUACCUCUCUUCUCCACGCAUACCAGAUGCUCGCCCUGUCGCCGUCUUUACGCUAUGCAGUGACACUCUAAGACUGUUCCUGUCUGUAUACGGGUUGUACAACGUUUGUGCCCCUUCCACCGGUGGAAGCCGUGCCAUAUAAUCUAUCCUUCCAGCGAUCCGCCUAGGGAGCCGUCAUAUCCUCCGGUGACCUAUCUAUGCGCCGCUGCAGCAGCAGGAGAUGCUGUCUCAGGACAAUGGUCAACACUUCGUACCAGAUCCCUCCGGCUUUACGCUUGUGACUCCGCCCGCCGCAUAUAUCCUGCCCCCAUUGUAUAGCUCCAACCAUUACGGUCACCGCGAUCUCCAAUUGGAGUCCACUAUUCCCUCCGAAGAACCAAAGCCCCGUAUUUCAGAUUCCUCGAGGACAGCUAGUCGUCAGCAUUGGUCGGUCGGGCUUCCUAGGAUAGAACCGGACUUAGCGCCGAACGAGCCGAAGAACGGUUCGAUAUUAACACCAACAUCGAGCAGCAGUGGAGCUCCACGUAAGGAAGCGCGCAUCCAGAAUAGUCGGCCCGCCAGGUCGUCAUAUAUGCCUGAAGAUAGCGUCUCUCAUAGUGCGUUGCGCAUGGACGAACGAUCCAGUCAUGGCAGUCAAAGUGCGCUUCUCUUGCUCUUUCGAUUAUCGAUCCCUGUCCCCCUCUUUUCUCUAGUCUCCUGCCUCUAUACGAUCAUGUCCCUCUUCUUCGUCCUCCUUGUCUCUCCCCUUCGCAUCUGCUCUCUCACUUCGUGCUUCAAAUCCACAUCCUUCAGCGCACAGCUCUGUGACCUGUUAGCACCGGUAUUACAUGUCCACGAGCGCUUAGUCUGCGCGCAAAUACCGCCCAGUCGCCGAUCAUCCACGCAGCGGAUCAACGAUAACUCCAAUGAAUCCAUACCCUCAGGGUCGAGCAAGUACUACUCGAUACCCUGGUUGAUUCUUGUCCUCUCCCUCUCUUCUUUCCUAUCCAUCGGACUCGUCCUCACUGCGUGGACAGCAGCGUUCUUCUGGCUCUUCGCCAUGAUCUUGGGCAACCCGGAACCAGACAGCGCCGAGCGGGAGAAAGACGACGGCCGUGCCGCGGUGCUGGGUGUUAGUAACUGGUGGGUGAAAUGGUUGCGUAAAGCUAGAAAGCGUCCUCAGUAAUGACUGUUUCUCUUUCUUUUUGGGAAGGAACAUGACGAAUCCGUGACCUGUCUGGCGUUUGUUGGUUUUAAGAGGUUCUUUCUGCGGAGUAAUAUUGUGUAUAUGAUACCUAUGCGGUCGAAUUAUUAUCCGGAUCCGGGCUGUUUGUUUUGUUUUAUUUGUUUGUUUGUGUCUUGUGUCUAGAACUGAACUGCCUCGGCGUAAACAGGACAGGCUUUCUUUUCUUCUCUUUACCUUGUUAAUAUUCUUUUUCUUCAUCCCUGCAUCUACUUUUCAAUUCUCUGAUACUAUUAUUUCCCUGGCUGGGAAGUGAGGAAAGGGAAAUUCAACUAAAGAAAAAAGAAAAUAAA